AUGUCUGAGAAAGAAAUUCCCUCGACGACAUUUUUAAAAUGCAUGGAAAAUAAAUUAGAUCCAGAAAAGGACUUAAUUUAUGACACCGAUGGCUACGUCAGGGUGACAGCUGACGGGGCUUGCUCCAAAAAUGGCGAUAUAAAUGCCAUAGCUGGAAUUGGAAUCUGUUUCGCUCCAGACUCCAAAAUGAACAUUUCUGAAAGAAUUGUCAAUAAGCAUUAUGCCACUUCUAACAACUUGGCAGAAUUAAUGGCGAUUCAUGUGGCACUUAGAGUACUAAAAGCGAAUAAUAUUAAAAAAGUAAAACUUUUGAGUGACAGCAAUUACGCUGUAAAAGCUCUAAAUUAUAGCAUAUCAACAUGGCAAACGAAUAACUGGAAAAAUGCUAAAAACAAACCAGUCCAUCAUGAAAUGCUAUUCAAGAAAAUUCUAGAAUUAAAAAUGGAAUUUGAAAGCGUAGAAUUUAUUCAUGUUUACGCCAGAAAACAUGAAUACACGAAUAUAAUUGCUGAUAACCUUGCGAAAAAGGCUGUCUACACAGUCGAGCAAAAACAGCAAUGUAUAAGUGAAAUGUCUGAAAGACAAAUGCCGAAGAAAGGUGAAAAACAGCAGAUCGACUCGAAAGAGUGGAAGGUCAAAGUGAACUUACCUCCUACGCCCAAAAAUCCGAUCACAAUAAAGGGACGCCCAACUUCGAAAUUCAUGGGCCUCGUCAUAGCCGGAUAUUGGUUAUAUGACUUGGGGAAGACAUACAUAACUACAAGAAAAGAGGAUAAAAAAGAAUGA